GUUAAUUUACGUGACGUCAACAGGAAGAAACAAGAAAUAAGACUGUGCAGCUUCACCGUCAUUUAUCUUUGCUCUUGCACAACAGAUGGCAGAAGUCAGCCGCAGCAAGCAACAGAAAACGGAUCUCGUCAAAGCGACGAACGUAAAGUUCCAGAAAGGGCACGUAUCGCGAAAGAAACGUGGGCAAGUGAUGGGCACAAUGGGAGAAUUUAGAGGAUGCACGGUGUGGUUCACAGGAUUGUCUGGUGCUGGUAAGACAACCAUCAGCUUUGCUGUUGAGGAGUAUCUCAACUGUAAAGGAAUUCCAGCUUAUGGAUUAGAUGGAGACAACAUUCGUACAGGACUCAAUAAGAAUUUAGGAUUCUCUCCAGAAGACAGAGAGGAGAACAUUCGUAGAAUUGGAGAAGUUGCAAAGCUGUUUGCAGAUGGAGGAAUAGUUGCACUGACUAGUUUUAUAUCACCAUAUGCUAAGGAUAGAACGCAAGCUCGUCGUGCACAUGCAGAAGCCGGUCUGCCAUUCUUCGAAGUUUACAUCAACACACCACUGGAAGUUUGUGAGUUAAGAGAUGUGAAGGGUUUGUACAAAAAAGCGAGAGCUGGACUUAUCAAAGGAUUUACUGGUAUUGACUCAGUGUAUGAACCACCUGCUGAACCCGAGUUGACUCUAAAGGCUGGCGAACUUGGAAUUCACGAGUGUGUACGACAAGUGCUGAAGAUGCUGGAGAAGAAGGGUGUUCUUCCAUUCUCUGCUGUUGACGAUGUGCGUGAACUGUUUGUUCCUGGUGAUCAAAUAGAAAUCGCUAUGACAGAUGCAGAAUCACUGCCGAGUGUCAACAUUACCAAGCUCGACCUCCAAUGGGUUCAAGUGUUAGCAGAAGGAUGGGCGACUCCUCUUAGGGGUUUCAUGAGAGAGAAUGAGUAUUUACAAUGCUUACACUUUGCUACCAUACAAGACGGUGGUAUAUCUAGUCAGUCUGUUCCUAUCGUGUUGCCUGUCUCUACUGAAGAUAAAGAAGCUUAUGAUGAUGUAUCAGCUCUUGCGUUAGUUUAUGAAGGACGUCGUGUUGCAGUUCUUAGAAACCCCGAGUUCUACUCUCAUCGAAAGGAAGAGAGAUGCUCACGACAGUUUGGAACAGCCAACAAAGACCAUCCUUACAUUAAGAUGAUUUAUGAGUCUGGUGAUUGGCUUGUUGGUGGUGAUCUUGAGGUGUUGGGCCGCAUCUAUUGGGAAGAUGGUCUAGACCAUUACAGACUUACUCCCAAAGAAUUGAGGGCCGAAUUUGCACGUCGUGAAGCAGACGCUAUCUUUGCUUUUCAACUCAGAAAUCCAAUCCACAAUGGACAUGCUUUAUUGAUGGACGAUACAAAGCAAAAACUCGUAGAAAGAGGAUACAAACGUCCACUUUUACUUUUGCAUCCUCUUGGUGGAUGGACAAAGGAAGAUGAUGUUCCACUUGCUGUUCGCAUCAAACAACAUCAAGCUGUGUUGCAAGAGAAAGUGCUUGAUCCCGAGGCAACAGUGAUGGCAAUCUUUCCAUCACCAAUGAUGUAUGCAGGACCCACAGAGGUUCAAUGGCAUGCAAAGGCUCGGGUGGCUGCUGGGGCUACAUUUUACAUUGUUGGGAGAGAUCCUGCAGGAAUGCCACAUCCGGACACUAAAAAAGAUCUCUAUGAUCCAACACAUGGCAGACAUGUCCUCCAAAUGGCCCCUGGUCUCACUCAACUAGAAAUCGUUCCUUUCAAAGUUGCCGCUUACAACAAACGUCUCAAACGCAUGGAUUUCUUCAAUCCGGAAGAAAAAAGUGACUUUGAAUUCAUCUCAGGGACAAAAAUGCGACACUUUGCUCGCACAGGCGAACAACCACCAGAUGGUUUCAUGGCCAAAGGCCUGGCAGGUCCUUUCUAACUUUUACAAAUCGCAGGCAAACAAGGAGGUGUAGCAAACAACACUGUAGGAGAGAGAAACUAGUUGUAUGACUCUACAGUAAGCCGAGCUUGUAUGUUUGCAUUCUACUAGACAGUGAGCAAUAUAUUGAAGAUGUGAUGAGUUGAUGUCACGUAAAUCUCAUGUGCUUCGCCUCUGCUGUUAAUCUUGCUCUCUAGAACAAAACAAAAUGCAAUUUUUCCAGAGUAUUUACGUCAAA